AUGAGCAGCUUCGAGCUUUAUGAAACGAAAACAAGAUACUACCUUGUUGGAAGCAACCGAUCGAGGCAACGUUUCCGAGUAUUGCAGAUUCAUCGAACCAAUCCCCAAGAUCUCGUGGUUAUUGAAGACGAUGUCGUGUAUACGGAACAUGAAAAGAACAAGCUGCUGAAGAUGAUUGAGGACGGCAACUUGUCGGUGGGCGGAUUGAACCUGGUGCCUAUGCAGAUAUACGGGAUUGUGGGUUUCAUUCGGUUUACCGAAGGGUGGUAUAUGAUCUUUAUCACCAAACGGAAACAGGUGGCCUUGCUGGGCGGUCACUAUAUUUAUCAUAUUGAUGAGACGCGUCUUGUCCCCGUUGGAAAUCAUGUCAAGAUCGAUCGAAACUCGGACGAAGCUAGAUACAUCACCACGUUUCAAAACAUUGAUUUGACAAAGAACUUUUACUUUUCUUACACAUAUGAUAUCACAAACACACUGCAGGUUAAUAUGACCCAGCCUCCGUUGGAACGCAAAGGAGCCGAAAAUGAUCCGUCCAUCGGAGAUUAUCACCCGGCGGAACAUAACGAUAUGUUCGUUUGGAACCAUUAUUUAUUGAAAUCCGGGUUCAAAGAUCUCACCAGCCGGAGCGGCUGGAUUUUGCCCUUGAUUUAUGGGUUUGUUGAUCAGGCGAAGAUUUCGGUGUUUGGACGAAACAUUAUCAUUACUUUAAUUGCGCGUCGCUCCCGGCACUUUGCAGGUGCCCGCUUUCUGAAGCGAGGUGUGAAUGACAAGGGUUUUGUCGCCAACGAUGUGGAGACCGAGCAAAUCGUAGCCGAGAUGACCACUACUUCGUUCCAUUCUACGGAUCAACUGUUCGGAAACCCUCGUUAUACCUCGUAUGUCCAACACCGUGGGUCGAUUCCCCUAAUAUGGUCGCAGGAUACAACCAAUAUGUCUCCCAAACCGCCGAUUGAACUUAAUGUCGUGGAUCCCUUUUUUUCCGCAGCCGCCUUGCAUUUUGAAAAUUUAUUUGAACGGUACGGGACACCAUGCAUUGUGUUAAAUCUGAUCAAACAAAAAGAGAAAACCGAACGAGAGUCCAUCUUGGGUAAAGAGUUUGCCGAAGCAAUUGAUUACCUGAAUCAAUUUCUUCCCCAAGCCAAACGUAUCAAAUACAUCGCAUGGGAUAUGUCGAGAGCUUCGAAAAGUCAUGAUCAAGAUGUUAUCGGGUAUCUUGAAAAGGUGGCGCGAGAAAUCAUGGAAGAAACUGGCCUUUUCCACAGCGACCACUGUCGAAACAGACAUCCAUCUGAUCGACGCAUGUAUUUGCGGCAAAAAGGUGUGCUUCGUACGAAUUGCAUCGAUUGUCUUGAUCGUACCAAUGCGGCUCAAUUCCUUAUGGGAAAAUGUGCUCUGGGAAAUCAGUUGUACGCCCUUGGUGUGAUUGCUUCGCCCAACGUGGACUUUGAUUCGGAUGUGGUAAACAUUUUCACGGAAAUGUAUCAUGACCACGGUGAUACUAUUGCCUUGCAAUACGGCGGUUCCCAUCUUGUAAACACCAUGGAGACCUACCGCAAAAUUAACCAAUGGACGAGUCAUCCCCGUGAUAUGAUUGAGUCCAUCCGUCGUUUUUAUGCCAAUGCAUUCUCGGAUGCUGAUAAGCAAGAUGCAAUCAACUUGUUUCUCGGCAACUUUGUCACCAAGGAUGGCCAGCCAUUAUUAUGGGAACUAAAUUCGGAUUACCAUUUACACAACCAAGAUCCACGCGUCAAACCAGUCCGUCGAGACUAUCGAAACUGGUGUUCCAAAAAUGUGCUGAAUGCUAAAAAGGAAGAAAUGGAUCCCAAGUUAUUCGACAUCCCUCUUGCGUGCCGUGUUCCUGCACUGGAUCCCGAUGAAAGCGAUCCUUUUCAAGGUUACUGGGUGGAAUAUUACACCCAUCAUCAACUCACUUCGCUCGAUCAGUUGUUUGCCUUUAAUAUGAAUGGCACGCUCAAGUAUCGCCCACCUAAACUGGCAUCGCAUACUCGGGAUGGCAAAACAGAGUAG